AUGUCGACCGAAGAGACGAAACAGUCGAUUCGAGUGAAGGAAAAAAGAGAAAAACGAAGAGCGACACCCCGCAAACCCAAGCUGAACGAAGAGAGAAAAGGCGCGGGCUGGUCGGGAGAAGGGGACCACAGCACCCCCCUCUACGCGAUUGCCCCGCUCUCUCGUCGCACCGCCUCGUACGCGCCCCAACGAAACAUUCGGUGCAAGGCACGUGACGUCACGUACCACCCCACGAGCUUUUCGUCCCCGCCGGCUCCCAAAGUCGCGAAUGCACUUUGA